AUGCUUGCCUCGCUUCAGGUUCAGAGGCCCAUCUCCAUGAAGAAAGAUGGCAUCCAAACACGCAACCGCAAAGUGUCCCAGAAGACGAAAAAGUGCAAGUCCGCUGAAAUGCGGUCCGAGUUCGGUGAAAUGGGCAACAGUAUGGAGUACCUGAUCAAGCCAACUCUAAAUCGGCUGUCGGUGGCUGCAGCUGCAGCUGCUGCCGCUGCAUCUGGACACAAUUUCGGCUACCAUAGUCACAGUUUCCCCGGAGUCCCCGCCUACAUGUCGGGCUACCUGACACCCUCGGGGGCCGUGGGCUACAACGGCCUGACCGGCGAAGGGGUCCGAGUGUCGUCAGGUCUGGAGGACAGUUUCCUCUGCUCGACAGGCGCAGCUCUGCCGAGCGAUGGGAGUCUCGGAAUUCCCGCCGGCCAAGCCGAUUCACACGUGCUCCCCGGCGGCCUACAGCUCGCCUCCCCACCCCUCCCCACCUCGACCAAUGGCUAUCCCACCUCGGCCGGAGUCUUCCUCACGUCCCACUCGGGCCCGGCUGCGGGUGUGAUGAAUUCUGCCGUGGCCGCCGCUGCCGCCGCUGCCGCCGCAGCCGCCUAUCUCAGCCCCCCGGGGCUGCUGGCCAACUCUGUGUCCGGACCGACCGGUACCUCGGCCGAGCUGCUACCCUCGCCCCGUCUCGAGGCGGCCGGAAAUGCCGGCUUCUCGGACGACGAAAUCGGCUCUCCCGUCACCAGGCAACGCAACGUCUACUCUGCCGGUGAGACGUCUGCCGUCUCCUCGACCUCUGGCAACAUUGUCGUGUCAACGGCGACGUCGACGGCGACGGCGACGUCAACACCGACACCGACACCGACGUCGACACCGACACCCACGCCCUCGUCGACGCCGAUCAGCCUCGCCUCAAGUGUCUACCACGCCCGGCAGACGCCCAUGGCGCCCAGUUUGCUGCCCGGCAAUCUCUACUCGCUGGCCGGCGGCUUCGACGUCUCCACGACCCGUUCCAUCCUCCCCGCCGGCCUGACUCCGUUGGCUAUGCAGUCGCCAUUGUUCUGUCCCAACACUGGCCACAACUGCAGUCCAACCGGUUUCCCAACCUCUGCCGCUUUUUACGCUGCCAACGGCUCGCACCCUCCUGACCCAUACAACAUCUCCUUGACCGGGCACCAACUGCACCACAUGACGCAGCACCUACACACCACUCACCCACAUCCACAUCCACUUUCACAUUCACUUUCACACCCACUUCCACUUCCCCAUCCACAUCCACAUCCACAUCCACAUCCACAUCCACAUCCACAUCCACAUCCCCAUCCGCACCCACACCCAAUUUCACACCACCCCCAUCAUGCUCUACACCCGAAUGCCCCUCCACUGCCUCCGGGCGUUCAGCAUCCACACCUCUCCCAGCUAUCGCAUCACCACCCCAACCAUAAUCCCAAUCAACAUCACCAUCUUCAGCCUCAACUCCAUGCCCCUACAGAGUCGGUGGCCUACCCUUCUUCCACUGCCUCGGCUACGCAGUCCACAAACAACAUCGUCAACAACAAAGCCUCGUUGCCAGCCUCCAGCGGCCGCUCAGCCGGUGGAGAGGAGACCACAAAGGCCAGGUUUUCGGUACCUUGUAACACGAUGCAUGACGACGACGGUGAUGACGACGACGACGAUGUCGACGACGACGACGAGGAGGAGGACAACGACCGCGGUCGUCCAGUUGGCCAACGGGGCGGCGACGAGAAGAUUGGCGGGUCCUUCCUCACGCCGACCAGCGUGCCUCCGGGCACAUGUAGCCCCGACGGGGUCCAGACGCAGCCUAGGCAACCGGUGCGCAUGGACUUCGGACAAAGAGGCGCCUAUACUCGGGUCUACUCGGCGCGUGAAAGGCCCGCAGAUUCUGCGGUAGAGGUGGACGAGGAGGAAGAUGACGACGACGACGAGGGAGAGGAAGAUGAGGAGGAGGAAGAGGAGGAGGAGGAGGAGGAGGAAGACGAAGAGGAGGAGGAGGAGGACGAGGAGGAUGGGGUCAAUCGUGAGGUCACUGCAGUUUUGGAACCCCGAGCUACAAAUCCCGCCUCUCCGGCUCGGGACAGCCGACAGAACGGAUCACACUCAGGCCAACUGGCCUACCAGUUGUCGAUGAACCAUUCGACCACCGGCCCUUUGGCGCAACGAUCGGAACAGCAGCAGCAAACUAAUCCCCAGCAUCCGCCUCAUCUUCACACUCACCAGUCCCACCAAUCGCAACAGGACCCCGCCCAACUUCUGCAACAGCAGCAGUCCCUCUUUCUCGCACACUCCCUCCAACCCCACCUACAGCCCACAAUCCAGCCCCACCAUCUCCACCAAAGCCUCCAUCACCCACACCAGCUCCUCCACCCGCCCCACAAUCAUCAACAACAACAGGCGGCCGCCACAGUCGCCUCGUACCUGUCGGCCAGCCGUGGCGAGUACGUUGCCAUGCAAUUGUACCACUGA